AUGUCAACCAAGUUUGGAAGAUUGGUAUCUUUGGUUUGUAAGAGGGGAUUUUCCAUCUCCACCAGCGUUCAAAAGGGUGCAUCCGAGCAAGGUGUGAAAUCAUUGAACCUUUGUUCUGCAAUUAAUCAGGCUCUCCAGAUUGCAUUGGACUCUGACCCCCGUUCUUAUGUUUUUGGAGAGGAUGUAAGCUUUGGUGGUGUCUUCCGUUGCACAGCUGGAUUAGCAGACCAAUUUGGUAAAAAGAGGGUUUUCAAUACUCCUCUCUGUGAGCAGGGUAUAGUUGGUUUUGGCAUUGGUCUAGCAGCUAUGGGAAAUCGAGCCAUAGCAGAAAUCCAGUUUGCAGAUUACAUUUUCCCUGCUUUUGACCAGAUUGUCAAUGAAGCUGCUAAAUUUAGAUACCGGAGUGGGAACCAAUUUAAUUGUGGCGGUUUAACAAUUAGAACCCCUUAUGGAGCUGUGGGCCAUGGUGGACAUUACCACUCUCAGUCCCCGGAGGCUUUCUUCUGUCAUGUUCCUGGUAUUAAAGUGGUCAUCCCUAGAAGUCCACGACAAGCAAAAGGGUUGUUGCUAUCUUGCAUUCGAGAUCCAAAUCCUAUAGUAUUUUUUGAACCAAAGUGGCUUUAUCGGUUGGCUGUGGAAGAAGUACCGGAGGAUGAUUACAUGCUGCCUUUAUCUGAGGCUGAGGUAAUUCGGGAAGGAAGUGAUAUAACCCUUGUUGGAUGGGGAGCUCAAUUAUCUAUAAUGAAAGAAGCUUGUCUUGACGCUGAAAAAGAGGGAAUUUCUUGUGAAUUGAUUGAUCUGAAGACACUAAUUCCUUGGGAUAAGGAAACAGUAGAGGCCUCAGUUAAUAAGACAGGAAGAUUGCUCGUUAGUCAUGAAGCUCCCAUAACUGGAGGUUUUGGUGCUGAAGUCUCAGCUUCCAUUGUUGAGCGUUGCUUCUCAAGGUUAGAGGCUCCUGUGGCAAGAGUUUGUGGUCUGGACACUCCUUUUCCUUUGGUUUUUGAACCUUUCUACAUGCCAACCAAAAAUAAGAUAUUGGAUGCAAUUAAAUCAACUGUGAAGUACUGA